GCCUUCUUCACGUAUCUUUCUCCCACCUCAUCAUCCUUCCACGUUCCACGACCGCCGCUGUUCGACCUCAAGCUGCACGGCCACCCGAUCAAAAUGCCCCCGAAGCGAAAGGCAGGCGGAGCCGUACAGGGAGGGACGAAGGCUGGCAGGUCCUCGCGGGUGUCGACUCCAGGAGCUGCGACUCCUCGCACGAUCGAUAGCACCGAUGAAGUGGAGGAAGAUGAGGGCCCCGUUGACGAGGUCCUGGAGCGGGACCUGGAUAAGAACAUAGACCUUUUCUCCCUCGAUCGCUACCAGAAGAGACACGCGAUCCGGGAACCGCUUCCUCAUAUCUUUGGGGACCAUGACUUUUCGUACUUGGAUCUGAAGAAGGACCACCAGAAUCGCCCGCUCUGGAUUGACCCCCAAAAAGGCCGCAUCAUCUUGGAGAGUUUCAACCCGCUCGCCGAACAGGCACAGGAUUUCCUCAUCACCAUCUCCGAACCGCUAUCACGACCGACGUUCAUGCACGAAUACGCCUUGACGACGCAUAGUUUAUACGCAGCCGUUUCGGUUGGUUUAUCGCCACAGGACAUCAUUAAUACCUUGGACCGCUUUCUCAAGACGCCGCUACCCGACGAAAUCCGUGCAUUCAUUACAAACUGUACCCAGAGCUACGGCAAAGUUAAGCUGGUUCUCAAGAACACCAAAUACUACGUCGAAAGCCCGGAUCCAGAGAUGCUCCAGACACUCCUAAAGAACCCCAAGAUCGGACCAUUGCGAGUCCAAGGAACCGAGGAAAUUACGACCUCGGCAGCUCCUAAGAUCGGUGGUCUUGUCAUUCCAGGAACGAAGAACGCCGCAGGUGUUAAGCAAGCCAACGGCCUACAAAAGUCAGGACCCGAACAGACUCAAGAAGGACAGCCCGUACAGGAAGGGGACGUGUUUGCAAGCCUCAACGAAGAGGAUGACGAGGACCAGGAGGUGACCCACGCAUUCGAGAUUGCGGACAAGGACGUCGAGACGGUACAGAAAGAGUGCCUCAAUCUGGGAUAUCCUGUUCUGGAAGAGUACGAUUUCCGUCGAGAUGAGGUCAACCCCAACCUGGAGAUCGAUCUCAAGCCAGGCACACAGAUUCGACCAUACCAAGAGAAGAGUCUGAGCAAGAUGUUCGGAAACGGACGAGCUAAGAGUGGUCUUAUUGUUUUGCCUUGCGGCGCUGGCAAAACCCUAGUAGGCAUCACAGCAGCCUGCACCAUCAAGAAGGGUAUUAUCGUCCUCUGCACAAGUUCGAUGUCAGUGGUGCAGUGGCGAAACGAAUUCCUGAAAUGGUCCAACAUCAACCCUGACGACAUUGUCGCCUUCACUUCCGAUUCCAAAAACAAUGUGUUCACUGGCAGCACGGGUAUUAUCGUUACGACGUACUCCAUGGUGACACAAUCGAGAGCAAGAUCUUAUGAUGCCGAGAAGAUGAUGCGGUUCCUUACAGGUCGAGAAUGGGGCCUGAUGCUUCUAGACGAAGUGCACGUUGUGCCAGCUAACAUCUUCCGAAAGGUGACAUCUUCGAUCAAGACUCACUCAAAGCUGGGGCUCACCGCCACUCUCUUGCGAGAAGAUGACAAGAUUUCGGAUCUGAACUUCCUGAUCGGCCCCAAGCUCUUCGAGGCGAACUGGAUGGAGUUGUCGAAGCAGGGUCAUAUUGCACGAGUCCAGUGUGCCGAGGUUUGGUGUCCUAUGCCGACUGAGUUCUACGACCAGUAUUUGCGGGCCCCGUCUCGGAAGAAGAACCUGCUUUACAUCAUGAACCCCCGCAAGUUCCAGGCGUGCCAGUAUCUGAUCAACUACCAUGAAUCUCGAGGCGACAAGAUCAUCGUUUUCUCGGAUAAUGUGUAUGCGCUGAAGGCGUAUGCCCUGAAAUUGGGCAAGGCUUAUAUCUACGGUAGUACCGGACAGGCCGAACGAUUGCAGGUGUUGGAGAACUUCCAGCACAACCCGCAGGUCAACACGCUGUUCCUUUCUAAGAUUGGAGAUACAUCACUAGAUUUGCCCGAGGCGACUUGCUUGAUCCAAAUCUCAUCGCAUUACGGCUCGCGUCGUCAAGAAGCACAGAGGUUGGGACGAAUUCUUCGAGCUAAGAGACGAAACGACGAAGGCUUCAACGCCUUCUUCUACUCGCUAGUAUCCAAGGACACGCAGGAGAUGUUUUUCUCGUCCAAGCGUCAGGCGUUCCUGGUGGAUCAGGGAUACGCAUUCAAGGUGAUUACGCAGCUGGCCAACAUUGAGAAGACGCCAGGACUUGCAUUUGCCGACGUGGGAGAACGACGGGAACUACUGCAGAAGGUGCUCGUUGAAAACGACAGUAUGGAGGACGAAGACAUCACGGACGAUCUGUUCCAUAGUGGAACAAUGGGGCGACGAGCAAAGAAGAAGGGGGCUCGGCGAACGGCCGGUACGCUCGGAGAGCUCAGUGGCGGACAGGACAUGGCAUACAUUGAACAGAACAAGAGGAUGAACCAGUCCCUGAAACGGAACAAGAAGGACAGCCACUCCUUCUUCAAGAAGAUUGGACGAGAAAACGCGAGGCGAGCCGCAGCAGGGUAAUAGAAUGGGUGAUGACGGGUUUCACGGGAUUCAUGGGAUAGAGACGGAUAAUCGGGAUGGGACGGGUCUCAGGCAACCUAGAUUGGCCAGCAACUUUGGACGAGACCGGAGGAGGUCGGGAGGUCCCUCUGGGCUGUUCAGGCACAGGGGCCGGGGAAGAUUCGGCGUUCAGGAAAAACCGGCAGACAACAGAAGCCGAUGUUGGUUGUGCAACAUGUAUAGUAUAGUAUGGAGUAAGCUGUAGAACGUAAACAAAAAAAUG